CGACCACAGAACUCGACAGAACUCAGCCAUAAAUUGCAGCCAGCGUCGUGAUUACUGGCUGCAGACUGUAUUGGAGCGAUCUAGAGCCCCGAAUUACCCCUUUGAGCAAGAAUGCUGUCACGAUCUCUGAAGUUCAAGGCACCACUUCCGUGGACGCGGCUAUGCUACUCUGACCGUCGAUGUAUGGCACACGUCGCCGAUAUCGCUGAAAUACCGACUGAUGAUGACAAACCAUUCAAGGUCCCGAUCGCAGAAGAAAGCUACGAAACAUACAACCUCGAGGCACCUCCAUACACACUGGAAACAACGAAACGACAGCUCAAAGAACUAUACCAUGACAUGUUCAUGAUAAGGCGCAUGGAGCUGGCAGCCGACAAAUUAUACAAGGAAGGAAAAGUCCGUGGUUUCUGUCAUCUAUCCAUAGGCCAGGAAGCCGUGGCAGUCGGAGUUGAACAUGGAAUCUCCAGGGACGACAAGCUCAUCACCGCCUACCGCUCCCACGGAACCACCUUGAUGCGCGGCGCCACCGUCAAGUCUAUUCUCGGGGAGCUGCUAGGACGCCAAGAUGGCAUCUCCCACGGGAAAGGUGGCUCCAUCCAUAUGUUCCGGGAGAACUUCUUCGGCGGAAAUGGCAUUGUGGGAUCGCAUGUUCCAGUUGGCGCGGGAAUCGCAUUCGCCCAGCAGUACAGCAAUCGAGAUAGCGUAACCGUCAAUAUCUUUGGCGACGGUGCGGCAAACCAGGGCCAAGUCCAUGAGGCCUAUAACCUGGCGAAGCUGUGGGAGCUGCCUAUCAUCUUCUGCUGUGAGAACAAUAAAUAUGGAAUGGGCACAUCCGUGCAGAGGUCAUCUGCCAUGACCGACUUCUAUAAGCGCGGCCAGUAUAUCCCCGGCCUGCGCGUCAACGGGAUGGAUGUCCUCGCGGUUCUGGCUGCGAUGCGUUACGGCAAGGCAUUCGUCCAAGCGGGCAACGGACCGUUGCUGUACGAGUACCAGACCUACCGGUUUGCCGGACAUUCCGUGUCGGAUCCAGGCACGACAUACCGGUCCCGAGAUGAGAUUCAGGAGGAGCGGCAUCAUGACCCUAUCUCCUUCCUCAAGGAUCAAAUGAUGAAAUGGGGGGUAUUCUCAGAGGAGGACGCAAAGGCGACGGAGAAGGAGGUUCGCAGCAAGGUCGACCGCGAGGCGGAAGAGGCAGAUCAUAUGCCUGCCCCAGAGCCACGGUUGGACGUGCUGUUCCGAGAUAUCUAUGUCCCUGGUAGCGAGCCCCUGCAAAGGCGGGGUAGAACCGUCGACGAGACGUACUACUAGGACGAACAGGCCAGGCCACUGAGUGAAUUCAUAGCAUGUGAUUCC